AUCAAUGUUAUUACUUGAAAAAACUUGAUGAACUCGCCGGUUUUUACCGGUCUGGAAAUACUUUUAGACCGGCCGGUGACUGGCCGGACCGGACCGGUCUAGUAUUUCCAGACCGGUUACAACUCUGCUUCAACGUUUCGAUUUCGAAUUCUUACCAUAAGCUCGUAGGACAGUAAGUAUUAGUCACUGAAAGCGCCAUCGAAAUCGGAUGUAAAAUAAAAACGUUUUUUUCUGGGGGGGGUCCCUUAAGAAUUUUUAUGAAACAUCCUUCUGGUUUGGAAAUUUUGCUUUUUAAAGAUUUGACCCUCUUUAGACCCUGCUGUAAUACUUGCACAUACGUACUCAGCAAGAGCACUUGAAAAAUUUGCCGGCUGCAUCCCCCCUCAUUUUUUUCAUCGCCACAUCCUUAUAUUUAAUUGAUAUAGAACUCGAACUACGAUCACUUUACUUAAAAUGUUUCUAUUGGACAUCUGUAUUAUACCAUAUUUAUACUAAUAUAUAUGUUGUAGAGAAAGUACAGAAUUAGCGAUUCUACAUAUUCCCUAAUAAGUACUGAGAAAGUAUAGAAUGGGGUUUGAACCUGCUAAUGAAUGAAUAGAAUUUUCAAAUACUAUAUUCUUGACUAGUUGUUUCCUCAGAAAAAGGAUAAAUCUUUUAAAUAUGGUCAUUUCUCGCUCUUUUCACGACAUUUUGCACUCAAGAUGUAGUAUUGAAGCGGUUCAUCCAUUUAGUGUAUAGUGGCGACCGACAACUUCCACAAAUCCAUGGAAAUUGCAGAAUUAGUCUAACCGCGACUCACUCUCAUGUUGCAGUGCCUCCUCUUCCUACUCACAUCCUGGUAGAAUUACAACUCGAGUUAGAAAUUUGCAGAAUUUUGCUGGAAUUCUCCGAGAUUCUGAUUGAACCAGAGUUGCAAUUCUACCAGUAUAUGAGUAGGGAGAGGGGCACUGCAGCGUAACAGUGCGUGGCGAUCAGACUAACUCUGCACUUUUUACGGAAUUGUGGAGGUUGUCGUCACUCGGCACUUAAUGGAUGAACACUGUAUAUUUAAAAGUACAUCAUGAGUGCAAAAUAUCGUGAAAAGAGCGAGAAAUGACCAUAUUUAAAAGAUUUAUCCUUUUUCUGAGAAAACAGCCAGUCAAAAAUAUAGUAUUUGAAAAUUCUAUUCAUUCAUUAGCAAGAUUCAAACCUCAUUCUAUACUUUCUCAGUGCUUAUUAGGAAAUCUAUCGCUAGAUUCUACAGAUUUGCUAAUUCUGUACUUUCUCCACAACAUAUAUACAGAAAUCUCAUGCCCGAAGGAAAAGGAAAAAAUUUUGUUCAAUUCUGAUUGUUAUGUCUUAAUAUUUCACAUAGCUAACAAUAGUUAGGAGCGAAACUUUGGAAUUAUUUCUAACUCGAGUACAACUAGAUACUGUCAGAGUUCGGUCAAAAUCUAAGUUGAAAUCCUACAUUUUUUGCCCAAGGUUAAUCUAACUCCAAAAGUGGAGCUACAAGAUAGCGUCAGAUUAUCAUAGUACCAAAAUCAUCAUCAAGUUCUAAACUGCGAUAUAUCGUUCACACAGGUAACGAGAUCGACUAGUUAAGAAUGAUCAGUAUUUAUACAUGAAUGCAUUUUAAAUUUGUUUCUACUUUACAAAUCAUUUUUUUUCUCGAUGUCCGAUUUUGAUAAAACUGACCAUGAAGUACAACAUAAAUGUAUAUAGAUUAAAAACGCGCCCAUUCGCUAAUGUUUGACUGGCUGAUAACUAAUGAGAUUGCUGAACUAAGUCACUGAAACUAGUUUAACAAUUCGAGCGCAUUCACACAAUACAAAAUUACGAGGACUGCAAUGAAACGAGAUUUAAAUUUAUCGUUUAAACAAGGCUUCAAGAUAAGUUAGAAGUAUAUUGUUAUAAUUAAAGUAGUAGGUCAAUAAUUAUGGAGCUUUACUUCUGAAUAAUAAAUCUCAGAAUGGUACAGAGAUUAAUAAACAAACAAACUCCUAGCUUAACAAUCUAAAAAACCAAACAAAUCUAUUGGGUUGGAUUUUAGAUGUUUAUUGUUAUACCUAUGUUCCACACUCAUUCUGUGUUAUUCACAAGUUUUAAUAAUAACAAAUGAAACUAACUAAUGCGUACUGAAACGACAACAGUGUUUAAACUUGUGGUAUAUUUUGUUUUUAUGUGAACAAAAACAAUUUAUUCUCUGCUUAUUCUUUUCUUCUUUGUAGAUGAGAUGUUUAAAUUUAUUCGAAAAUAUUUACCUGAUUAUGGUUUUGUAAGAUACAUUAUAACACAAUCAAUUCCUGGAAAAGGAUUACUUGGCUCAUAUCGUUUUAUACCAUUUUUUUUUCUUACUGGUGUUGCUUUUGAAUUUUUAUUGUACGGUUUAAAAAUUAACAAUAUUAGCUUUUACGAUACAUUUAAAAAACGUCGCGCAGAAGAGUUUGUACGCAAGAAACAUCAAUUAGACGACUAUCUAACAAAUUUACCACUAGGGGCUUGGAUCAUUUGGUUUUUAUACAUGUAUCGUGCACGAGCAAUUUAUCAUCUUUGUCUUAAUGUUAUUGCAUUAGCAGUCGGUUCACAAAUUACUCACAUUAUAUUGAAUCCGAUGAAAGAUUUUGCACAUUAUAUUCAAUUAGCUGAAAUUGAUUAUCAAAAAAAACUGACACAGGAUAAAUUGAAGCAAGAAGAAGAUAAGAUAGUUCAAGAAUAUCUAUUAGAAAAAAAAAAUUUAAAACAACCAAGUUAA